UCCGACGGGAGGCUCCGGCGGAGGGGAGCCGUGUGGGUGCCGCGGAGGACUUUCCUAUAAAAGUAGGGAUCCCACGGCCAACCGAGCUUGUCUAUCUGUCACAGGCAAGACAAGAGCCACGAGUCCCCGCCAGCAGCUGUGUUAUUUCUCCCGCCACAGCUCGGAAAAGCAUCCCGACCUCACCUAAAAGGAAAGCUUUAGUCUAUGGUUCUGACUGACGCUCCAACAAGGAUGUCCCGGACCGACGAGGUGCACCGUAUAACGGAGAAUGUCUACAAGUCCAUCAUGGAGCAGUUCAACCCCUGCUUACGGAACUUCAUAGCCAUGGGGAAGAGCUACGAGAAGGCGCUGACCAGUGUCACAUUUGCUGCAAAGGGCUACUUCGACGCUCUGGUGCGGAUGGGAGAGAUGGCCAGCGAAAGUCAAGGCUCUAAGGAUCUUGAGGAGGCAGCAUGGGAGGUGCUCUUUCAGAUGGCUGAAGUGCACCGACAGAUCCAGAUCCAGCUCGAGGAGAUGCUGAAGUCUUUCCACAACGAGCUGCUCACAGAGCUGGAGAAGAAGGUGGAGCUGGACGCUCGCUACCUGAACGCCGCGCUGAAGAAGUACCAGACGGAGCACAAGAGCAAAGGGGAGAGUUUGGAGAAGUGCCAGGCGGAGCUGAAAAAACUGCGCAGAAAGAGCCAGGGCAGCAAGCACCCCUCCAAGUAUGGAGACAAGGAGAUGCAGUAUGUGGAGGCCAUCAGCAAUAAGCAGAGCGAGCUGGACAACUGCAUCGCAGAGGGCUACAAGCACGCUCUGUCUGAGGAGAGGAGGAGGUACUGCUUCCUGGUGGACCGGCAGUGUGCCGUCGCCAAGAACAGCAGCGUCUACCACGGCAAGGGGAAGGAGCUUUUAACCCAGAAGCUCCCAGCGUGGCAGCAGGCGUGUGCCGAGCCCAACAAGCUGCCGGACCGAGCCAUGUUCCUGGCCCAGCAGAUGAGCGGGGUUGCGGGCGCCAUGGUUCCCAUCACACAUCAUCCAGGCAUGCCCCUCUCCGAGCCCCUCGCUGGGGCUAAACCCCUGCCUGUGCCCCCAGAGCUGGCCGCCCUCAGGGCCAGUGGAGGCAUGGGACAGCAGAGGCUGAUGGGAGGUGUGGACGGGGGGAUGCCAGUGAUGAACGGCACAGCGGGGGCUCACGGAGGGGAGGACUACCAGCAGUGGAUGGAGGGCAAGGUAGCCCAGGGGAAGGCCUCCCCGCAGACCCAGCGGCACGGGGGGGAGGUGUACUCCAACACCCUGCCUGUGCGCAAGGUCGCCCCCGCCAAGAGCAAGACCACCCUGACGGAGACCCGCACCCUGCCCCGGUCCAGCUCCAUGGCAGCGGGGCUGGAGAGGAACGGCAGGACCCGGGUCCAGGCCAUCUUCUCCCACACAGCCGGGGACAACAGCACCUUGCUCAGCUUCUUCGAGGGCGACGUGAUCACCCUGCUGGUCCCCGAGGCCCGGGACGGGUGGCACUACGGGGAGAAUGAGAAGACCCGGAUGCGUGGCUGGUUUCCCUUCUCCUACACCUGCGUGAUCUCUGACGGGGACAGCAACUCCAUGAGGCAGCUCCGAGUACACAACCUCCACGGGAAGAGCAGCAGCACGGGGAACCUCCUGGAGAGAGAAGACAUGGCGGUCCCUGUCCCUGAUUACGGCGUCCACUCCCACAUGGCGGCACAGAGCGCUGCUGCGCUGCACGGCAGACAGCAACGCCCCUACAGCGUGGCCGUGCCAGGCUUCCCACAGCAAGGAGCUGAAGAGUACGAGCCCCGCUUCCCUACAAGUUCCACAGAGGGCAAAUUGAUUUCGACAGUGUGAGGACAGACAGACACUGAGCCUGACGAUGCGAUAGGACUGUCCUCGCUGCCCCUCAACCAACCCCCCCCCUCUCAUCCUCUCCCCCGCCUCCUAACCUCCAGUUUACAGCAAUACACUCUCCCUGAGCCAAUCAAUGCAAGGAAGAAGCUUUGGUCUGUAUCUCCCCUGUCUCUCUGAUCUCCCUUCUUCCUCCCCCCAACCCCGCUCUGAGCUAACUGGCCAACAGGGGGCCACUGGUGAAGCCGAAACCAGAACAACACAGACUGUGCCAUCCGAAUAAUCAAAACCAAUGGGAUGGACAUUUUCUCUGAGGAAAAUGUAUCUUUUGCUUGUCUUUCAUGCAUGUACAUUUCUUUUACAUAUCGCUGGGGAUUAUAUUUCCUCACCAAAAGGAACCUGAUUUCCACCAAUGUAAGUGCUCUCCACCAGAAUGAUAAUGUGAAGGAUAUGUGAAUCAGGGUGUGAAAUGAAGAGGAUUUAUCGUGUAUUAAAAAAAGGCAUUACAAUCGAUAUUUUACUGGGUCUUUCAGUAUUUAACAAUACUUUUAACCUUUUCAUGCUGUGAGGUUUUGUAUUCCUCUGACAUAAGAGGCCGUGCAUCACGAGAAGUGAACUGCUCAUGUAAAUGUGUUGUGAAACAGAGACUACAGUAUGUGAUGGGAAUGUUAACUGUACAUACAUGUGCCAUACAGAAGUACGUGUCAUAAAGUAUCUAUGAGUUCAUUAAAAAUUGCACCUUAUAAAAGUAAUAAUCUAUAUUUCUGACUCUGUGAACAAACUCACUGUAACCUUUUCAGUAUCAGCCUUUGAUCUUGUUGGGGGGGACACUGAGCUCACACUAAGCUAGGGUCUGGGGUCCUCUCUAUCUAUUGCAGUGUGUGAAUGUCAUUCCAAGGCUGGGUGGGGUCAACUGUCCCUCACCCCUUUAUGAGAUGCAAGGCUCUGAGUUGAGUGCGGAAACCAUUCGUUUAUAAAUCAUCAGCACAAUUGUUAAAGGGGCCCUAUUGUGCUUUUUGGGGGGUUUCCCUUCCCUUUAGUGUGUUGUAUGUUUCUCUUGUGCAUGUAAAUGGUCUGCAAAACUAAAAUCCCAAAGUUCUCACCAGGGGGAGUUUUCCUCCCACACAAACUCCCCCCUGCCUCCAUUGGACUACUUUGUUUACUUCCGUAACAUAAUGACAUCACUAUGUAACACUUGCGCUUCUAUUGGCUAGCCCUCUAACACAUUGUACAUGAUAGGCUAAUGGGCGGGACAUCUCUAAGCGGUUGAUCAAUCACAUCAGAGCUGGCCAGCUAACCAAUCAGAUCAGACUGGGUGAAAAAAGGCAGUAUGAAAAAAAUAAAGAGAUUUUUGGCAUGUCACAAAUAUGAACCUGAAAAUGAACAUCAUAGGGCAUCUUUAACUAACUUUAGUUAGAGUUGAAGCGCUUUAGUUCUGAAGCAGGUGUUACCUUAAAUUAGGGUUAGGGAAUGCAUUAUGAGAUAGGAGCCUCUCAAUGGGCAGGCAGUAUGAGAGAAAUAAAGAGCUUUUUGAACAUGAAAGCAUGGAGACAUGUCCCGGUAGAGCAGGGGUGUCAAACUCAAGGCCCGGUGGCCAAAUCCGGCCCGCGACUUCAUUUUAUGUGGCCCCACAAGAGCUUGCAAAAAAUAUGAUAUUUUUAUUAUACGGUUACAUGCCGAUUUACAGAAGCUUGUUGCCCAUACAUGGAGCACAAUGCAUCUCAAAUUUGACUUUUUCUCAGAAUGUGUUUUUUCUUUUUAAAUCAUUUUGUGACAUUCUCACUGAAGAGACUUGCAAUUAUUUGCCGUGGACUUCUGCUUUCAGACAUAGUUAAUUACUAAGUUAUUACCCUAUCUGAUAAUAAUCCAAUGCAGAGGCAAUAAUGUAAUAUAAUACAUUAUUUGAUAUUAAAUAUUUAUAUAUGUAUUUUUUUAUAGUCUUAAAGUUACAACCGGCCCUUUGAGUACAACCAUAAUGCAAAUAUGGCCCGCAAUGAAAUUGAGUUUAACACCCCUGCGGUAGAGGCACUCAUUAACAUUAACCUGAACUAUUUGCUGCCUCCUGCUUCUUGGUCCAGCUACCAGAUGUCAAAUAUUUAUUCGGGUUUGUUUACUAAGAUUUUUUUUCAGAAUAAAUGAUUACAUUUGGAGAAAUGAAUUGGUGGAUUGAUAAUAUUCUAAAUAUAAUAUUAAUAAAGUUGUCUCACUGGCUAGGUUAAUACUUCCUUUAAAAAAAGAAAAGACAACUCUUGUUUGCUUUAGAUCUUUACAUUUAGCCUCUUCGUGUUGGUUUGCUCAUAUCAUAGUGUCUCGUACUGUUACACAACACAAGUAUCACAAUCAUGAAACCACAUCCACCCUUUACUGCUCAGCCUCUGCAGCCUUGAAGGAGAGGAGUGGAUGUUAUGUUUGAACCUCACUCAGCCUUCUUGUUCUCCAGUGAGGAGAAGCAUCCUGAAGAUAGAACAAGUGUUUCUGUGUCUGACUCCCUCUGUGCUAAAUAAAGACGCUGGUCUGCCCGUCUCUGUCGGUCCA